UGUACUCGUCGUUUAUUAAAAAAAAAAAACAUUCAAGUUGUUAUCAUUUUUUCAUUAGAAUAUUGUAUGUUUGCUAUUUCAAGUCAAGUACCUACUUACAAUACUAUCACUUCAUUAUAAAAUAGUUUCAUGUAGGUCUGAGUUAAGAUUUGCGAGCCAUCCAAAUAUACAAUACGGAAAAACGAACACCAUUUAUAUAGUGACUGAGUGCAUCCGAUUUGCUGUUGUUGCUAUUUUAUUGUCCUUGACAGUGAUUGUAAAUUGUUCAGAGGAAGAAUCAACUGGAGAUAUGUCGAAACGAGUUGUUCCAACUAUUAAUAAGGCCGAGGAAUUCGAGCAAAAGCUUCCGGGUUUUUUGAAUUCCAAUAAAACUCUGUGUGUCUUGCUGGACUACGAUGGAACUUUGGCAGCACUCUGCGAUAAUCCCAAUAACACUGUUAUGGAUCCAGAACUGGAGAAGAAUCUUCAUUGUCUAGCUAAAAACCCUAAAGUGUUCAUGGCAGUUAUUUCAGGAAGAGGCUUGAAAGAUGUCGAGGGAAAGGUUGGCAUCAAAAACAUCACAUACGCCGGCAACCACGGUAUUGAAAUUCAAAGUCCUGAUGGAUCGAGACAAGAUUAUCAAUUGCCUGCCAAUGUUCAAAAAUCAUACAAGAGUCUUGUUGAUGAGCUCAACAAAAAGCUUAACAAAAAUGGAGCUUGGGUUGAGGAUAAGAAGGUAUCACUCACUUAUCACUACAGAGACACUGCAUCCGAACUUGUGGAGCAACAAAAGCAAGAAGCCAUAGAAAUCAUUAAGAGACAUGGUUUCUCAGCAAAUCAGGCUCAUGCAGCUAUCGAAGCUAAGCCUCCAGUAAACUGGAACAAAGGAGAAGCUGCGUUAUUGAUUCUCAAAAAUAACUUUGGAAAUGAUUGGCAGUCGAAAACUAGUGUUGUAUUUGCUGGUGAUGAUACCACUGACGAAGAUGCCAUGAGAUCCCUCCAAGGAAUUGGUAAAUCAUUCCGUGUAGCCACAGAUCCCAAAAUUGAAACAUAUGCAGAUUUCCGACUGCCCAGACAGGAACUCGUACAUGACCUGAUAAGAUGGCUUUGCAACCAUUCCUGUCAAUCCUAGAAACCUGCACAUUCCCUUUAAGCUUCAUAACGCCUCGUUAAUUUAUCUAACUUCCUUUUUGUCAAGAAAAUGUGUGUCUGUUUGAUUUUGUUUUUUUAAUGAUUUUAUGAAUUAAUAAAAAUGUACUUAGGCAA